CAUUGUUGACGUUGGAAAUUCCCAAUAUUGACGUCACUGGGGUAUCCCAUUCUCCCAUAAUGCUUUAAUGGCUUCCGAUGGGAAUAAAGAAAUUAUGAGGCAGUUUUAACCACAAUUUAAUGCUUUAAAGACUGUAAAAUGGAUUAGUAGGAACAUUGAAGUAUGGCAUCUUUGGAAAAUUUAUGGUGUGACCAUUGCGGCAAGAGCCAUGAGGGUGUGUGUUUGAAGCACGGGACCCUGCACAGGGUCCAGGACUCGGUCAUACCGUCACGGGCAAGGCUCACUGUGCCGCAGUCUCUGACUCUGAAAACUGUGAAGGAGGAUGGAAACGUUUACACAGGAGUGUUUGCGAAAAGGACCAUUCCAGUCCGCUCACAGUUUGGGCCCCUGGAUGCGCCAAUCAUUUCCAAAACAAAGUUUACCAGUCCAGCGGACCAGGCAACUGCAGUUUGGAAGAAAAAACAUGCCAUGCAGAAAGCACUGGAAACUUCUGGACUCUCUCAUUCUGAGCCCAGCGAAACAUCGGAUUUGAACCAUUCUGGAGCGGAUUCGAUCAGUCCAGUGAUCUCGAGCAUAUGCUCUCAACAGUCACACUCCAAAGCCAUGUCGUCAAGCAAUUCUGCAGAGGUGGCCAUAUCAACCAUCCAGCAGCAUCUGAUGUCCAUCACCAGUCAGAGUAUUGGCAAGACAGGGGAUGUGGGGAGUUUAGGACUGCAACAGAUUCUCGCUUGUCAGAAUGUAGGUAUCCAUGGCAACAUGAAUCAGAUGAAUCAUGGUUUCCAGGAGUUGUCUCCCAUUCAUUUCCAUAAUGCGUCAAGCAGUGUGAGUCUGUCUAAUGAACAGCUCGCAUCUCUGCAGCAACACUUCCAAGGUUUCAGUCAUAGUGACUUAACUUCUAUGCAGCAACAUUUGAACUUGCAAGAUUUUGGGACAGCCAAUCAUAUGUCUGCUAUGGGUGCAGCUGACCAAUCAGGAACGAUUUUGAACACCCAGUGUUCACCAGUAGAAGAUGACUCCUCCAAUUUGAAUGGAAGUGACAGCACAGACAAUCAGUCUGACAGUGAGGAAGUGGAACUGGAUAUGCAUUUUGAACUCAAGAUAUUGACAGAAGAUGGCUUCACGGAAAUACUGGACAAGACGGAUGAGGACCACUCCAACUGGAUGAUAUUUGUGCGCCCUGCCAGGACACUCAAGGAGCAGAAUCUCAUUGCCUAUCAGGAAGAUGGCUGCAUCUUCUACGUGUCUCUCAGGCAAAUUCCGGCUAACACUGAAUUGAAAGUCUGGUACUCCAAAGAAUAUGCACAGUCCAUUGGAAAGGGCAUGCUAGGGACUGAUGACAAAAUUGGUGACCAGAAAAUCCAGUGCCUUCAGUGUGAGGCUACGUUUGCCGAUCAAGAGGAAAUGGAUACGCACAUUUGUGUUGGAAAGGUUAAAACGAGACGAAAGGGUCGCCCUAGAAAGUAUGUGAAGCCAACAAAAUCUUGGCGAGCUAAACUGGAUAAAUCCCGAACAAAGGAAACUCUUCCUGUUUCGAAAGAAAUCAACAUGGUUGUUGAUAACAAACAAACUGAGCAGGCUGUCAUUGAAACUCCCAGGCGCGGAAGGGGACGCCCAAGAAUGUUUCAGCCUAUAACGAUGACAAACACUAUAAAGAACUCCAAUCAAAUGUCACCUGAGGAGAUGAAAAUUGAACUAGGCAAAGUUUUAGAUCCCAUAAGUGAAGUCAAUAUGAACUCUUAUGCUGAUAUUGAGGAUUAUUACGACAAACCUGUUCCAGAACCGGAGGAAAUUAAAACCAACGACCAAGAUUUUGAUGAUGGUGAAAAGGAAAUAGAUAUUCCUGAAGAUAGGCGGAAAAGAAAACGAGGCCCAAAAUCAAGCAAAAGUGCUACACCAUGUGAAUACUGUGGGGAAACUUUCAUGGCUGAAGCUGCUUACUAUGUCCACGUUUAUGAGCACACUGGUGUGAAACCAUUUAUUUGUGAUUUCCCAGACUGUGAGAGGGGAUUUCUAUCCAAAUUCAAACUGGAGCGCCAUAGUCUCAUACACACCAGCCCACGCAACCACAAGUGCCCGUACUGUGAUAAAAGUUUCAACCGCAAGGACCAUCUGAAAAACCACAUGGUCACACACGACCCAAAUAAAAAGACGUGGAAAUGUGAGGUGUGCAUGAAGGAGUACUGCUACAGUUUCUCGUACCGGACACACAUGGCAAUACACCGGGCGGAACGAGGUGAGACAUUGUCUUGCGGCAUCUGUAAGAAAGAGUUUGAAAACAAGGAGCAGCUCUUGUUUCAUUUGAAAGUCCACACUGGAGCGCGGGCUGCCAAGAACACAACUGAAAGGACUCACACGUGCUUUGAUUGCGGUAAAAAGUUCUUUACGCGAAAAGAUGUUAAGCGGCAUAGCGUUACUCACACAAAGCGCAAGGAUUAUUUGUGUCAGCAUUGUCCGCAGAGGUUCGGAAGGAAAGACCACCUGACUCGUCAUCUAAGAACCUCGCACACCGGCAACGAAAAUUCGCCGACGAGGCUUCGACGCAGUACAGGAGACAGUAGCAAUGAAAAUUCACCGACCAAACAUCGAGAACACUCAGUGUACCCUCUGAAAGGGGAAGCAACCCUCAUGCCUCUCCAAAUGUCCAUCACUGGAUUGCAACCUGAAGAUAUUUCAGAACACAUUGUUCAAGGAGUCGUACAUAAUACUCAGUCCGAGGCAAAUUCAGCCUCACAAUCGGCGGUAUUGCAGAACCUGCAUUAUGCUGUAAGUCAGUUGAGUGCGGGGCAAAUACCAGCAGCUCUGUACGAGGCAGCUGCCGCUGCUGCAAACGCUCAGCAGCAGCAGGAGCAGCAACAUCAUCUUCAGAUGAACGCCCUCGGCAACCCAUCAGGCAUGGCUACACUCCACUCUGGUAUCCCCAUCCAGUAUGAGCUAAGCACCCACCAGGGUGACCAGGCCAUUAUCCGGCAGAUACAGCUGUCGCCCAGCAUCGACUACAAACAGUUUGCGCAGACCCUCCAAGGGAACAUGUACAUCACCACGAGCAACGGCCAGGUGAUACAGACGCACCAACAGCAGCCUCAGCAUCAUCAGCAGCAUGAACACGCUUUAUUGCAACAGCAUGGCAAUAUACAACCUGUGCAGCAGGCCACCAUUCAUCAGAUACCCCUCAGCCAGCAUCAUCAUCAACUGCAACCUCAGGCUCUUCUGCAGGCAAACAAAAUGGAGGGCUUAUCGAAUAACCGCACUCAGUCCGUGUCCGUACAGCAGCCCCAGGAAUACCAGAUCACUGCCCAUCUUGUGCCCAGUGCCAUAAACCCGGGAAGUUCCUCAUCAGACCAGAGCCGUCCAUCAUUCGUUAUGGCCAAUGCAUUGCAGGUGGACUCCAAGCAAUCUCAAUACUCGAACAUACUCGGAUAUAUGGAAACCCUGAGAUUUCUAGAGAAUUUACCCACAAACAACUCUAAUGCUAUUCCUCUGCAACCAAUUCAGACUCUAAAUGUGGAAAUGUCAUCGCAAGGCCAAGGCCCUCAGUUACUACAGCCAGUGACCUAUAACACUGCCUCUCUGAAUGGAGGAGCUGUACUGAAUCUCAACCAGGCCGAAUUGUUAAAGGGAACGAUCAACAUAAACCAAGCAGAUCUUGCCAAGGGCGGUUUCAGCAUCAACCAGUUGGACCUUUCCAAGGGUCUGGUGGCCAUAUCGCACCCUCACGGGACCACCCUGCAACUUACGGCUCAGGACUUGAAAAAUGUUGUGUCUCUGUCGCAGAAUGGGACACCACUUCAGCAUAUCUCGUACCAGCAUCAAGAGACCAUUGUCAUACAGACUUUUGGAGAGGAUAUAUACGAUGACACUGGAGCUGAAAAGAUGGCCGAUGAAUUCAAAAUGCAGGACAUUCGGAAAAGAUUUGAAACUCAAGGUUUAAAUAUUGGCCCUAAACCUGCAAAUGCGAAAAUAGGUGGUGGCCCAGGCCUGCAGUUAGCCACAGGAAACGGAGUUGUUUCCCCAAAAAAUCCUGGAGUUGUUUUCCCCAAAAGUCCUGGAGUUGUUUCCCCCAAAAGUCCUGGAGUUGAUUCCCCCAAAAGUCCUGCAUAUAAUAAGGCUAGUAGUGCAAUAGUUCAGAACUCAACUCAAAAAAAUGACAGUGAGCCACCGGCUGAUAAGUCCGAAAGACGACUUAGUAAAGUGGAAGAAAUGAAGCUUCAGCUGGAAGGGAAAUCAUCAGCACCUGAUAUUAAACCAAAACCGGCGGGAAUUAAGCCAAAACCAGAUGAAAAUAAACCAAAACUAGCUCUCAAACCACCAGUUGCAACAAAAACCAAUGAUCAAAAUAACAAUGCAAAUGCCAGUUCUGCGUCUUCUUCCACCGCCUCAAAAUUUGGUGAACUUGCUGCGAAAUUUGGCCAGCAAGCAGCUUUGGAAAAUGCAAGCAAAUCAGCAAGUGGUGGGGACAAAUUUACUUCCAGAAAAACGUCAGACUCUUCUGUGGACCACAAACCUACUGCGCACCCUUCUUUAAAGCCUAGCGUUGGUGCACCACAAUAUGCACCAGUGUCAGUGCAGGACUUAAGAGCUAAAUUAACUCACGUUGAUGUUACUUUAAGGACUAAUUUCAUUUCAAGCACACAAAAUGUCAUCCGUAAGUCUGUGAUACGGAAACUGGAUGGUAAAAAGUUCCAUACUGUUGACUUUCCAAAGGAGAGCAAAUCGGAACCAUGUCCUUCAAAGCCGCCGUCACUGGAUAUAGAUCUAGACCUGGACAAAAUGAUAGCGGAGUUUGAAGAAACAGUGAAAAACAUGGAUGUUUCCAAUGACCAUGGCUGGACGGAGAUGGAUGAGGAAUAUGAUGAUUGCGGGAACGUUGUACGGCCAGUGUCCACUCGUGUUGUGUCACUCAUGGGCUUCAAACCGAAGCCUAAGCCUCGUAAUUCUCAGACUCGAAGAAAAGUCUCGAGAAAAGUCUCUUUAAUAUUGCCAAUGACAGAAGAAGAGGAGCAGAAGGAAGAAGAGGAAUUGAAACGAGCGUUGGUCACCGACAAUCUGCCCCCACCCCCUCCAGGUCGAGGACUUACUGAACUUCAAGAGGAAUAUGAUGAUGUUGCAGUCAAUAAAAAUGGGACAGAAGAGCUGACACAGGAUGAGGAAUAUGAAGAGUUACCUGGAGAGGAUGAUAUACCCCCACCUGCAGGUCCCAAGCCCUCGUUCUCCACUCCCAAGAUCCUGUCUGUGCCAGUGCCACCCCGUCCUCAUGGCUCUGUAGAUUCUUCCACUUCUGACAUUCCUGACACUGCUGAAAAAACUAAGGAUGCCAAAGAGCUGGAAAAGGAGAAGAAAGAGAGAGAAAAGGAAGAAAAGAGGAAAGAAAAGGAGAGAAAGGAGCAAGAGAAAAAGAUGAAAAAGCUUGCGAAAGACCUGAAAGUCGACGUGGGCAUGCUGUCAAACUGCGUCGCAAAGGGGCGCGUGAAAGCAUCAAACACGCCGAAGAAGAAGAAGGGGUUUGAGAUCGCGGUGAUAGAGGGAGAGGAGGUUGACAUUAUCCGGAUGGUGGACAAUCCGAAAGGGAAGUGGCUCAUAAAGAUAACCAGCUCGCAGAAAACCUCUACUGACCCAUCAGAGAAAAUUGGAUACUGCGAUGAGAGCAAUAUAGAGGUAGACACGAAUAGCAUUCUCAAUGUCUACACAAGAUUCUCUCAGAUUAUGUCCAUGGUUUCUUACAUGAAAUCUGGGUCCUCCAGCACUGCUCUAGCAGAUGGACCUCAAGAGACUUAUGAAGACGUGGAGGCAAAAGAAGGAGAUGAACCAUUGGAGCAGGACGAAAUCUACGAAGAGUGUUCUUAACACAUGACAUGCUGACGAUGCAGCGACUACGGCAUAUUGAAAAAUAUUUAAUAAGCAUUAUUCAGUUUUAUGCAUUUAUGUUAACAAUAGAAUUAUAUUAAAUCUAUUUUGAGUAUUGCAUUUGUAUAAAGAAAAUGUAUGUGUAUAUAUAUUUGUAUGUUUCUUGAUUAUUUGUUAAUGUCUGCUUCAUUGUGUAAUAUUUUAAUUAAACUGAAUUGAUUGUUCACAUGUUUACAUCAUUCCUGUUUUUGUCAUAUAGUUUUGUUACAGUAAAUUACAAAUAAGGUUUCAUUUUGAUAAGUAGAAUAAUACUUUUCUAAGCUUAACAAUUUAUUUUUGUUUGUAUAGCAAUACAUAUUGUGCCAUUGUGUUUUUACAAGUUAGGUGCCAGAUAUUUAAAAAAAAAUAUUUAAAUGAAUACAUAUAAUCAUAUAAGGAUGUACGGUAUGAUUGUUUCUUGCUUUGUUUUUCAAUAUAGUCCAGAAUGGUUUUAAUUCUCUGUAUGCUGAUUGUCAAGUCUUCAUCAGUCUCAAAUAUUAAAUAAAAAGUGAGGGUCUCUGUGAAGUUUUUUAAAUAUCAUAUAUUAUUUUAACAUAGUUUGGAAUUCGAUGAAACAGGAUGUGUGUGUAAAAUACAAAAACAUUUAACCAUGAUCUAAAUAUUUAAUAGAAUAAUCAAGAAUAUAUUUCAUUUUUUUAAAGUGAAACUGUAAAACAAAAAUUUAGAAACUCAAAAUGGAUAUGUCUGGUUAUCAGAAGUUAAAAUCUUGUAGUUUUGGCAUCUUGCUGACAUGUACAAUAUUCUGACAAUGCUUUACAUGUACUCAGUAAUAUUUUGUUUUUGCAUAUUGUAAUGAACAAAAGUGCUUGGAAUUUUAGUACAGUUAAGACAAGUACAUCAACAUAACAUAUAGGUAAAAAUAGAAAUGUGAGGCUUAAGUUACAGCAAUUUUAAGAAAGAGCUUAACUUUAAGUUUUUGUUGUCAUUCAUGUGCUAAAAAAAAAUCAGUAUAACUUUAACGCGACAAGUGAUUCAUGCUUUGUUUUUUUAGUUGCAAAGUAAUUAAAGUACCAUUAAGAGGAAACGAUCAUUCAUCCUUAAAUAUAUAGAAUAAAUUGUUUAGUCUGUUUGUAUAUUAGAAUAUAAUGUGUUGCUCUCAGGAGCAUAAGUUGUAUGUAAUUGUAAAUGUGCUGUGUAUGUAAUAGUUUAAAAUGUACGUAUUAGCCUCAUUCUGGGAAAACUGGGCUUAAUGCACAUGCAAAAUGAGUCCACCCAGAUUAGCCUGUGCAGUUUGCUUUGGUUAAUCAGGGACGACACUUUACCUUUCUAUUGAAGUUCUAAGCACAAAUCCAGUGGAGGCAGAAAGUUUCAUCCCUGAUUAGCCGUUGCCAACCGCACAGGCUUAUCUGGGAGGACACUAUGCACAUGCAUUAAGCCCAGUUUUCCCAGAACAAGGCUCCUAUUGUGAUGGUGACAUUGGUCUUGAUAGUUCUCAGUCUUAUUGACUCGAUCAUCAAAUACUCGUUACCAUGACUAUGCCAUCGUCCAUCCAAUUUCAAAUUCAAACAAUAUACCUUUUUUUUGGGGGAUAAAUAUGAUUAUUUUAUCUUUAAAGACAUGGAGUCAGUAUUUUUUUAUAAUGCAGUACAUGGUGUAAGUGGUAUACUGAAAUUGCAUCAACGUCUGUCCAUAUGUGACUGUCUGUAGACAGAUACUUGUGCUGAGGCAUUCUCCAACACCUUUAGACAUACAACAUCAAAACUUGCAGGCAUUUUUCCUAUUCAUGUAAAGUAGUUCAUGUGCAGUUUGUUUACAAUGGUUAUGAAUUAUAUUUCACCUUAGACAUUCUUUAAACUUUUGACCUUCAGUAUUUUAAUAUUCAAUUUAUUCUGAAGCAUAUCUGUACAAACUUUGAACUUAAUAAGUAGAUGAAUCUUAAUUAGAAGAGCACACAAAGCAUAACUCUUGCUCUAAUAUUGUUAGAGUUAUUGCCCUUUGGAUAUUUCUGUUUUGUAAUUUUGUCCACAGCAUUUGGUAAAAUUAAACAGGUUUCAACUUUAUAUUUAUUAGGUAGGUUAAUAUAAUUGAGGGGAUGUGCAAUGCACAAGAGAAAAUACUUUUGCUUCAUUACUUUUAGAGUUAUUGCCAUUUGUUUGUAUGUUUUCUGAAAAUUUGUCUGAAUCAUAUUUGUAAAAGUAAAAGAGGUAUCAAAUUGAAGGUAGGUUAGUUUAUAUCAUUGAGGGGAUGGGAAGUCCACAAGAGCCAUAACUCUUGCUUUUUUUUAUUUCUCUUUAUUAUUUAAUAUAGUUAAAUUUGGAAUGGAGCAUUUCUUUAAAAUUAUAGGUGUCGACUUCUAACUUAAUAUGCAGGUCGAUCUCAAUAAAGGUUACUGUAAUGAAUAAGAACCAUGACUUCUGCUUUCAUAAUUUCAUAUUUAUUGCCCCUGAAAUGUACCUGUUCUCGAAACUGAAUUGCUAAUGCCCUCUGACAAAGAUGUUUGGGGAGGGGGUUGGGGUAAUUCAGGCCUGACAUUGACAGUUCUAUAUGAGUACUGUGCAAGUUAUUGAAGUUAUGAUGCAAAUUUUGAAGUAUAAUUCCUUACCAUAAACCUAUUGAUAAUUUAAUACAUGUAUUGGUUACAUGAUAAAUAUUUGUUUAUUUUAGUAACUUAUUGAUGAUAAAUUUGUUGAGCUUAAAAUUCAAUGGUACUGCUAAAUAAUGUUUGAAGAAAGAUAUUUGACUACAGGAACUAGAAAGUUUGUACUUUAAUAGUCGUAUUAUCAUUUAUUUAGCGGAAUAUUUAAAACUAUCUAAUCAAAGACUUUUGAGUACCUGAAAAAAAUCACGAAAUAUCAGAACAUAGCUUGCUUUCAACCUUUUUGUUGUGUGCAUAGAUACUGCAUGCUGUCAUGUUAUUGAUAUUGCUAUGGAUGUACAUUGUAAGGAGGAAUGUUUUGUUAUAAAUGGACCUCACAAAUGUUCUAUUCCAAUAGUGUUGUCAUUCAUGUGCUCAAGAGUGCAAUAUGAUGCAACAGGAUGUUAAAACAAUAGAGUUCGUGUCUGUAUGUUGAAUAUUUACAGAUUUAUAUAUAGUGAGAUUUGUAUAGAGUUCCGUCAUAUUAAAUCUAUGUUUCAUACUCAAUGUUUAUAAUAACUUUAUAUAAUAUAAUUAUGUCUUUGUAUAAAUUAUGUCUUUGUUUAAUUUCUCAAUUGGUCAGUAUUAAACUGCUUUCUUUUCAUAAAACUGCUGACUCAGUUUGUGAUUGAAAUUGUCACUUAAUUUUAUUAAAAUAUUGCAUAAUUCAACUGAAAACAGUACAACCUUAUACAAGAUUUAAUUUAUUUAUACAAGAACUUUUAGGCAGUUUAUCAUGGUAUUAAAAUUAAAUGAUUUAAUAUUGAUAAUCUAUUGAAAUGGAAGAAAAACAUUUGUACGAAUAAAUAUUCUCUAGUCAGAAUAGUGUGUAAUUGGAGAAGAUAACAGUUGCAGUAAACAUUUUAGUGGUAUCUUGAGAUUUUCAAUGGAUUACUUUGUGUCAAACUUAUAUAUUCUUGGGUUCUGUCAAUCACAAAAUUAGAUGUCUAACAUAUAAAUCCAAAGACUUAUAUAAGACAUUACACAAAAAUCCGCACGUUUAAGAUCAAGGGAAACCCCCAGAUUUUAUGAAUCCAAAUAAUUUAAUUGGAACAACAACAAAAAAUCUUCAAUAAUUAGGGGUAUUAUUAUUGUGGCGGUUAUAAAUCUUACAAGCACAUUCUGUAGUACCACUAUCCAGUCUGUGAAAAUGUGCUUUGUUGGUUAAGAAUGUAGAUAUACUGGCAAUACAUUAAUUAAUUAUGAUUUAUAACUUAUGCAUAGAUUUCUUUACCACAAUUUUUACAUAGGCUUAGCAUGCAUUACCUCAAUGUAACUUUCAUGAACAUUUUUGGUGUACAUGUAUUUAUAAACAUUUUUUAUUUGUCCCUGCAAACUUUGUUAUCACAUUUUCAUAUUUGCCAUGACAUCGUGUUUAUAUGGAAACUUAAUUUAAAUUUAAUUUGAUAUUUUAUCUUCUUUUUGUUAGCCUGCAAAAAUAAGUUUGGAUUAAUCCUGACUAUGAAUUUUUGGUUAGCGCUAUCUGAAUAUAUUUUUUCAUUGACCACAUUGUAUAAUGUUGUGUAUAUGCAUUUAGAUGAUACCUAUUAUUACAAACAAAUAGUCAAACAAUUUUUAUACCACUCUUAAACAAUUACCUGUUCGACCCUGAAGGCAUUGUUUAGUAUUAAUAAAUCAAUGGUCACUGAAAGCUGACUACUCUUCAACUGAGGGCUUUUAUUUUCAAUCAUAAUAUAAUGUUGAUCCACCUCAAUUGAUUUAUGUUGAAAAUUCAUAUAUAUAUAUAUAUAUAUAUAUAUAUAUAUAUAUAUAUAUUUGUGUUCAAUUUUGUCAUAUUUUAUCUAAAGCAUUUGUUUAUUUUGACAUCCUGUAAUGUGUCUAUGCUGCAUAUAUCUUUAUUAGUAAACACACACCGAUAAAAGUUAAAAUUAAA